GUCCCGUCCAUCAAGCAGCACCCGCAGAGGCGCGGUUGUUCCCUCUCCUCCUCUUCCUCGUUCGCUGGCGGCGGCACAGACCCCGCGGCCCGCAGACUCUGUCAGCUCCCUUUCAGCCUUAAACCUCCGGGAUCCCGGGCAGGGAGAGGCGAGGCGAGGCACCGGCCGCCCACCCGCCGGAGCAGCUUAAGGUGCCGCCGCCCGCUCCCGCCGCCGCGGUCCACCUUAACGCGGCGGCGGACGGGCCCAUUGCCGCGCCGGGGGUCGGCGGGCCCCGUCCCCGCGGGAGCCGCGCCACCGCCUCGCGCCCGCCGGAGAGCGGCGUGACAAUGAGUCAAAAGUGAGAAACACGCCGCCGCCACCGAGCCGCAGGUGAUGCAGUGCGGUGCCCCGCUCUGGCAUGAGCCCCCCCGAGCCGGGAGGAGCGCUCCCCGGGUACCGCCGCCUCCCCUGGCCGGGGAUCCGGGUCGGGAAGAACGGGCUGUCGCCGACCGUCGCCGCGGAGCCACCGCUCUCAGCAACGCCAGACGCAGACGGGCUUGGGACGGUCUAGCACAGUGGAAGCAUGGCUACAAGUGCUGUUCCCAGCGAAAACCUCCCCACGUACAAGUUGGUGGUGGUUGGAGAUGGUGGUGUGGGGAAGAGUGCUCUCACCAUUCAGUUUUUCCAGAAGAUUUUUGUGCCGGAUUAUGACCCAACUAUUGAAGACUCCUACCUGAAGCACACGGAAAUAGACGGGCAAUGGGCAAUUCUUGAUGUUCUGGAUACUGCAGGCCAAGAGGAAUUCAGCGCAAUGCGGGAGCAGUACAUGAGGACUGGAGAUGGUUUUCUUAUAGUCUACUCAGUGACGGACAAGGCCAGCUUUGAGCACGUGGACCGGUUCCACCAGCUGAUCCUCAGAGUCAAGGACAGAGAGUCCUUUCCAAUGAUUUUGGUGGCGAACAAAGUUGAUCUAAUGCAUUUACGGAAAAUUACAAGAGAACAGGGAAGAGAAAUGGCAACAAAACAUAAUAUUCCCUAUAUAGAAACUAGCGCCAAGGACCCACCUCUAAACGUUGACAAGGCCUUCCACGACCUCGUGAGGGUAAUAAGGCAACAGAUCCCAGAGAAAAGCCAGAAGAAGAAGAAAAAGACCAAAUGGCGAGGGGAUAGAGCCACAGGCUCCCACAGACUCCAGUGCGUGAUUUUGUGACGGGACUGCCUGGGAGUGCCUUGGACGCCUCCCUCCUCCCCCCCGGCCCCACCACCAACCCAAGCGAGGAGCAGCAGUGUGAUGCCCACAUGGCCCCCCCCAGGCUCCCCAUGGCGGCUUGGACUUGGAGGAGGUGGCUUGAUGGGGUCCAGACCCCUCCGGAGCAGGGCUGCGCAUCAGGGCUGGCGUGGGAGCCAUGCAAAUGGGAGGCGGAAGGGAUCAGCAGAACCUUGACUCUCGAACAUCCCCAGCGCCUUCCAGGGGUCUCCAUGAUGUUUAUUUAAAAAAAAAAGGAAAAAAAAAAAAAGGGGGGAAGAAGAAAAAAAAAAAAAAAAAGAAAAAAAAAGUGUUGGUUUUAUCUGCAAACAUUUCUCCUUGUGACCCAUUUCUGAACAGCCAUGAAUAGCCCCCCUGUUUGGUACAGUCGUCUGUGUAUGUGUGGGGGAAGGGAAAGGGCUUUUCUUUUCUUUCUCUAACUUUUUUUUUUUGUCCUCUUCCCCUUCUUCGCUGUUUGCUCAGCAAGUGUUGGGUUGCAAAGAAACACGGACGGGGUUAGAUUUUUUGCACUGAACUCUCGCUUAGGCGGCAGUGCCAAAACACGACUUCAUAUGAAAGUGCAUAGAUUUGGAGGAAGAAAAUUAAUUCCAGCUGCUCUGGGUGCUCCAGACAUUGUGUCAGACUCUGGAGGGCAGCCAGCUCACAGACCAUAAACUUCAGCUUAGGAAAAGAGGUUUGGGCUUGGAUUAUAUUUUUUUCUUACCCUUUGUCAAGAGAUUUUGUUUCUGUUUUGUAAUUUGGGGCACGUCAAAGUUAAGACAUUUUGCUAACCUGGAAGUAUUUAAAUUAAUUUACAAAUGGAAGGGUAUGCCAUCUCUAAGGGGAGGUGAGGGGGGAGGGAGAGAGGAAGUAAAACCUGAACUGAAUUUGUUAUCUGGGUGUUGAAUUUCUUCCUCAUAAAUGUGUGUAAAGUGGUGCGAUCUAAAUCCCUCUUUAUUAUUCCUUAACCUUUCCCUGUAAAGCCACUCUUGGGUAGAUGAAUUGUUUUGCUUUUCCCAGGCUCAUCUUGCACUCACACACAGAAAUCUGUUUAUGGGCUUUGGCUCAAUGUUUCUUUAUUUCUUCUUCUCCCUCUCACUGAGAGUUGGUGACUUGAAAGGAAGAGGUGUUUUGACAAUUAUUCAAGUGGGAUGUGUCUCUUCAUAAGCUUACUAUAUCUAAAAUGUCUCCCUGAAAACAGCAAAGACUAAAUAAUGCUUUAUGAAAAGGCAAGGCAAAAAACCUGCAGCCUUUCAGGCUACCAUCUGUGGCAUCGGAAAUAUGGUUGUGCACAUCCUGGGAGGGCCACGUUUUCUUUCACACCUUUCGUGACACUAAGAAUUGUGGUGGCAAAUUUUUCUCUAAUUCAGUGGGUUGUCAUCUGCUGGACUGAAGCCAUCGGCUCCAUUCGCAGGGUCACCAAGCCCCUUUAAAAGUAACACCUUGCUUUUCAUCAGCUUAAAUCCUGUUCAGAUAUGCUUUAUGGGCAUGACUUAAAAUAUUGGCAGAGUAUGAAUGCCUGAAAUUUAUGUGUCUGAGCACAGAAAAUCCUGGUGUUGGAUACUGAAAAUCGUUCAAGAUGGUGGAUCAUCACAGACUUGGUUAUUUAUUGUUUGUGUUUGCAACCUAUUUGCCACUGGUUUUCAUUUCUUGACUCUUUGCCAGGCUACCUUUUGAAAUGGGAGUUGGCUGCUAAUUAUUUUUCAGGUGAGUGAGGCUAAUGAAAACAUUUUCUUAAUUGUCCAGUCUUCAUCAUGGCCAGAAGAUGGCCAAUGUCUGUGGCUGGCUCAGCAAGCCAGUUAGUGUAAUGCUGGCUCUGCUGCCUCCGUCCCCUUUUGUGUGAUGACAGAUGCUGGAGAUGAAUUAAAAGGGGGAUAGUGGAAAGAAAUAUCUUCCAUGGACUCUUACGUUGAAUGUGGGCCAAAUGCUUCAGUAAAGUUGCAACACCCUGUGUCAACUGAGAUCUGGCUCCAGACCAUCACAGCAUUUCUCCCACUGUAUCAUUUCCUUGUUGGCUGAACUGUGGUGACCAAAACCAUUAGGAUCAAAUCCUGGCUCUUGAGACUUGCUACAAUCUUCUGGGGGUGAAGAGCUCCCUGUAGGCAUCUUAUUUGUUCUGCCUUUAAACCAUCUACUAAAUGAGAAGGUGUCUGAUAUUUGCAACCAACCCAAUUUGCUGUAGCCCCCAUUACCACUUUCCUGCCUGAAUCCCUGUCUAGCCUGAUUACUGGCUUAAUUUCUUUAAUUACACACAACUAAUGCUAUGGGAUCCCACACACAAGAAGAUGGUGGCAUGUUAAUACCCCCUAGAGACCUUCCACUUAAAAAUAAUCUGAUUUUUACUGAAACCCCUCAUCCUUAUUAUUUUUAUCUAAACCCUUGAGAAUACUUGCCCGAAAACAGAAGGUGUAUAUCUUGACUCACAUCUGCUGGGUACUCAGCAUGGCAUGUGAGAAAUUAUCUGCUUUUUCUGAAGUAUCUUAAUUGUUUCUUCAGCUUCUUCAGCAACUAACAGCUAUUGCAGAAUAACAGGGAGGAGGGGAAAGGAGCAGAUGAGCAACUGAAAAGUAUAGUGGCAAGUGGGGAAAGUAUGCCCGUUUUCUUCUAUGUUCAUUAACAUGCUUGUAGCAAAGAGUGUUUUCCAAUGGAGAUCACACCUCUAACAAGCCUAGGGUGCUCAAAAUAGUGAGGUAUACAAAGCCUGCUGCCAUCUAACUCACCCUUUCAUAUUCAGGGCUGUUAGGAAACCAAGAGCACCUUCCCUGCUGUACACAGCACCUAGAGCUGGGUUGUGAGACACCCACCAGUUGGUGAUACACUACAGAAAGCACCAACCAUGCUGGUGGGUGGCUUAUUUUCUUCCACCAGCAUCCAGUGGAUAGGGACUUAUUUGUUGUGGUCAGAGACAGUCUGGAGAAAGAUCCUGUAAGGCAGCACUUGGCACUCAUUUUCCAAAGAGCUGAUGGUCCAAGUGACCUAGUAUCUUCAGCCCCUGGGUAACUCUGCAUUUGCUUGUCUCAGAGCAAUCUUUUUCCUCUCCUACUAAACAGGAGUUUAGAAGGUAGAGCUGGCCAUACCCUUACCCUGCUUUCAAUAUACACUUUCAAACAAAAUGAAAAGAGAAGAGGGGUAAAACCUUACAGAUUUUCUUGUAUUUGAUAACCAAAUGGCCUCCUUUUUUCAUUUUGAACAAUGAAUAAUAUUUGUAAAACAACCAAAAAAAAAAAAAAGCGCUACAGAAGUUUUGGCUUUGUAAAGGCAUAACCACCUUCCCAAUCUGGGAUCUCCUCCCAGCUCUGCCAGUGCCUUCAGGUAAAUCAUGUUGCUGUUUCCUCCCUCAGGUCCUUCUGCCUAUAAAACAGACACUGGCUUGUUUUCUUAUCAGCUUUUGAGAUGUAUAUUAUACAAGCAAAGUCAUCUGUCUGUCUACCUUUGUCUCUCACAUAAGGAAAAGAGGGUGGGAAGGAAGAGAAGGAAAAGUACCUGGCUGAAAUAAAGACGUUUGUCCUCUGUCAUAAGCAGAGGCUUUAAUUGUC